AUGCCUGUGCCCCCGAAAACCUUCCAAAGUGACGACACCGUCCUCGACCCCGCAAUUAAGAAACACAUCGCCUCCCUCUACGAAGCCGUCGACAACCACGAGCUCGAAAAAUGGGGCUCCCACUUUACUGAAGACGCCGAACUAAAGAAGGGCACAUCUAACGUCAAGGGGAGAGCUACACUCAUCGAUCUCGUCACAAAAUCCUGGUCAACCCUUCGUAGCCGCGACCAUACCGUCUACGCGGUGUACCCGUUUGGUCAUAAAGCGGAGGAGGUCAUGAUGCAUGGCAGGAGUGUCAACAUCUCAAAAAUUGGAGAGGAGAGCAUAUUUGGCGCUCUAUCUAACAUCAAUAACCGAGCCCAGCCAUCUACAGCUAUGAACGACGAAACUUCUCCAGACAUGCCUGAUCUCGGUUAUGAAAUGGAGCAGUUCCUCAUCCAGACCUAUUUUGAGAUGGCUCAUUCCCAGUAUCCGAUGUUACUAAGGCACCAGUUUCUGAAGUGGUAUGAGUCGUGGCGUACGGAGAGGGCGAAGUUACCCGUUGCGAUAAGGUGGAAAGGGUUUUUUGUGUAUAUGGUCUAUGCGAUUGCAUUCCUGAUGACUAAAUCUCGCAUCAACGGUGAGAUCAGAGCGCAAGAAUUUCAUGCUCUCGCAACAACAAAAUAUCUCCCAUAUUUGCAGGCAUUGCCAAAUACUUUGCUUCGCGCACAGGGCUUCUUGCUACUAGGUUUCUAUGCACUGCACAUGCCAUCCGGAGCGGAUAUUAUGGCAUUAUCAUCAUGGACGAUUCGGUUUUGCGUCAUGUCGCAGAUGCAUCUAGCCGAGACAGAGCCAGAUCCAAUAAAUGGCGAUGCAUUGAUUCAUAUUCAGCAUCGGAGACGAGUCUUUUGGUGUGCUUACGCUAUGGAUCGAGCUGUGUGUAGCUCGUUUCACAUUCCGUGCUCGAUUCCAGAUAACCAAAUCACUGUUCCGCUGUUCGAUAAAAUUGACGACGACCAAUUACUUGCAUCACCAGGUGACAUGCUCACACACCUCGUAGACCGGAAUGGCCCUGCUAGCAUCUCCGCGGCUUUACACAUCAUUGUAAGCCGGCAACUCGAAUCACAAAUUCAAGAAACCGUUCUCAGCAAAGACUUUAACCCUCAAUCCGAAGAACUUUUCCGAUGGCGAUCCGAAAUUUUAGGAAAACUGAAAGAAUGGAAUACGCAAUCUGCGACGACCUCGGAACCUUCCCAAAAGGGGUAUGUUAGUAUCCAAUGGCUGCAGAUGAUCUAUUACUACAAUAUCGUGAUGCUCUUCCGCCCUACAAAGACAAUUGUGCAGGGUGUAGCGGGAGAUUUGACGGUGCAAGCAUGCUGUCAGGCGCUGCUGUUGUUUCGGAAGUUUCAGAUGGCUAGGGAAAUUGCGCAGCCGUGGCUUGGGCUUCUCACACAAUUCCAGCUGGGCGUCUGCCUACUAUACUGCUUCUUUGCAACUCCACUUCCUCAAUGGAAACAAUCCUACAAAUCGUCUACAGUCUCCAACGCCAUUCGCGCCUGUUCUAGCACGCUAGCCAUUCUCGCUGAACGAUGGGACGAAGCAGAAUGCCUCCGCGACGUGUUUGAGAUUCUGGCUCGCGAGAUUUCUGUGAGUGAGACAUGGGGACGACCAACGAGGAUUAGCGAGGCUGGAAGGUCUGGUAUUGAGCAAAAUUGGGCGGGUCUGACGGCGGUGCUGGUUCAUCGGCCUACGUUGUUGAUGAUUCGGGAGAUUAUUACGGAGGAUUUUGUAUGUGUGAGCGCGACGGGCUCGGAACAACCGGGGUUGAUUGACGCACAUCAUAAUGCGACGCAAGGUGAGGCUGGAACAGCGCAUAAAGAGGUAGAUCUGCAAUGGGCAGAUUAUACUCCCGGUCUAUUGCUUAGUCUAGAUACACCUUUUGAUACAGAGAAUGCCGCGGAGGAGUUCUCUGAUGAUAUUACGUUCUACUUGUGA